GCUUUUUUUUGUCCUGUCUUGUUUAUCUAGGACUGAUGCAAUAUUCUACUAAUCAUUGUUGAGGUGAAAGGACAGUGUAAUUGGAUGUUCCUGAAGUUGCAAAUGUCUUGCACUGUUUCAAUACUACAGUCUCCAGAUACACUGUCUGUGGUGCAUUUUGUGCUUUGGAGUGGACUCUUCCCAAAUUGAUCCUUAGGAGCCGUUUCUCACCAGAAGGAUGCUUUGGUUUUGGAUCUGCUUGUGGCAGGUUUCUAAUGAAGCUGAGCCAUGAGACUGUGACCAUUGAACUGAAGAAUGGGACGCAGGUGCAUGGAACCAUCACAGGAGUGGAUGUCAGUAUGAACACGCAUCUCAAAGCGGUGAAAAUGACGCUGAAGAACAGAGAGCCCGUACAGCUGGAGACCCUGAGCAUCCGAGGGAAUAACAUCCGCUACUUCAUUCUGCCCGACAGUUUGCCUCUGGAUACCUUGCUAGUGGAUGUGGAACCAAAAGUCAAAUCCAAGAAGAGAGAAGCAGUUGCUGGCAGAGGCCGGGGCAGAGGCCGUGGGAGAGGCCGAGGCCGUGGCAGAGGAAGAGGAGGCCCAAGACGGUAACUUCUCACCAGGCAACUGCUACCAAAUUCUGGGCAAUUACGGCUAUUUUUUUGUACAGGUCUUGUUUAUGGUAUCCAUUUUUAAUAAACUGAAAUGUGAAAAAGUU